AUGGGGAGAUUGGAGGAUCCCGAUAUACUGUUUUUGGCUGAAACUAAACUAAUAGAAGGGGAGUUGGAGAGGUUCAGGUGGUCUCUUGGGUUGGCUAACAUGAUAGCUUGGGACCCAGUGGGCCGGAGCAGAGGGAUUGUGAUGUUCUGGAGGAGGGGUGUGGACGUGACGCUCAGAUCGUACGGUAGGAGACAUGUGGAUGUUGAUGUGGAAGGGGAGGAAGGAGGUGUAUGGAGGCUAACAGGGGUUUAUGGAGAGUCUGAUGCUGACCGGAAAAAAGAAACAUGGCGCACCAUCAGAUUACUAGGGCAACAACACCAAGAGGGGAGGCCGUGGUUAUGUGUAGGGGACUUCAAUGAGAUCCCGAGAGAUGAUGAGAAGGUGGGAGGAGUGCCGUGGGCACAGUCUUGUAUGGAUAACUUCCGAGCGAGUUUUGUCAAUUGUGCACUCUGUGAUAUUGGGUACGAAGGAGACAAGUUCACCCGGAGGAACCACAACAAAGAAUAUGAUACUUAUAUCUGUGAAAGAUUGGAUAGAGCAACGGCAAACGCGAAGUGGUGUGAACUCUUCCCUGAGUUCUCGGUGUUGAAUGGCAAUCCACGUCACUCCGACCACCGCCCUGUCAUUGUUGAUACAGAGGGAGAUAAAAAAGCGAGACCAAGUGGCGACCGGGGUUUUCGGUUUGAAGCUUGGUGGCUGCAGGAAGAAGGGUGUAGUGAAGAGAUACAAGGGGAGUGGGAGGAGAGCUGGAUGAACGGAGGAGGAGGUGUGGCCGGUGCUAUGGAGGAAGUGGCAGGCAGAAUGAAAAAGUGGAACAAGGAGGUGGUGGGAGAACUUGAGUGUAGAUUGAAGAAGGGUCGAGCUGGUCUAGAAAGAUGUAUGAAACAGCCCGUGUCGGAGCACAAGGACCUGUUCACCACAAAUAACAGCACUCGGUUAGCCGAAUUGAUUGAUCGAGUGGAGCCCCGGGUCACGAGCACUAUGCAGGCUGCCCUUAAUGCGGAAUUCACACGAGAGGAAAUCAAGGUAGCUCUUGACCACAUCGGAGACCUGAAGGCACCCGGGCCAGAUGGGACGCAGUCUAUAGUCUAUAAAAAGCACUGGCAUUUCACGGGGGAUCGCAUCAUGGAGGAAGUGCUUGUUGUACUGAAUGGUGAUGAUAUCCCUAUGGGGUGGAACGAUACAGUGGUUGUGCUGAUUCUGAAGGUCAAAAAUCCGAGCAAGAUCAAGGACCUCAGGCCGAUAUCCCUUUGUAAUGUACUGUACAAACUGGUGUCCAAGGUGAUUGCAAACAGACUCAAAACCAUCCUUCCUGAUCUUAUCUCAGAUAAUCAGAGCGCCUUUGUUCCGGGAAGACUUAUCACUGACAAUGUUCUUAUAGCCUACGAGCUGUCCCAUUUCCUGUUAAAUAAGAAGAAAGGGAAGGAAGGUGUUGCUGCGGUUAAAGCGGAUAUGAGUAAAGCUUAUGACCGGGUUGAGUGGAAUUUUCUACAGGCAAUGCCUGGCAAGCUUGGUUUUGAUAGAGCUUGGGUGGAUCUGAUUAUGAAGUGUGUUACAUCGGUGCGGUACCAAAUUAAGGUUAAUGGUGAGUUGACAGAGCAGUUUGUCCCGUCGCGUGGUCUGCGUUAA